AUGAAGAAGAAGAAGAAGAAGAAGAAGAAGAAGAAGAAGAAGAAGAAGGCUUACGACAUCAAAACCAAAAAUGAUCAUGAUGGAAGAAGCUUCCUCAUCCCACGAAUCACAGCCGUGAAUAUCACCAGUCAGAAGAGCCGCGCAACGAUAUGUAAAAACAGUGUUCAUGUCCCGGUUGAAUCUGAAUAUUCUGUUGAUAAUAGUAGUAGUAGUAGUAGUAUUAGUAGCAGUAGCAACAGCAGCAGCAACAUUAGUAGUAGUAGUAGUAGUAGCAGCAGUCGCAGCGACAUUAGUAGUAGUAGUAGUAGCAGCAGUGGCAGUAUUAGUAGUAGUAGCAGCAGCAGUAGUAGUAGUAGCAGCAGCAGCAGCAGCAGCAGCAGCAGCAGCAGUAGCAACAGCAGCACUAACAACAGCAGCAGUAGUAGUGGCAGCAGUAGCAGUGGCAGCAGCAGCAGUAUUAAUAGUAGUAGUAGUAGUAGUAGCAGCAGCAGCAGCAGUAGCAGCAGCGGUCCGAAGACCUAUGGGACAGGGCGGGAUGGGAAGCCCUUCGCCCCUGUAGGGCGUGGAGACCAAUGUUCCAUCAGCACAGAACUCCCACAUUCCUCCACAUUAGCCACGAACCGCCUGCAAAUUCGAAAUUCAGCAGGAAAUAGUCAGCAACGUCGACAGGAAGCUGAGAAUCUUCAGCAAACCACCAGUCUCCGAUAUUUCGAUAUACGCGAAACGAAAGCUGGGUACUUAAAGAGCUGCUGUGCUUUCGGAUUAACCUACUUGAAACUGGACGUGGAGUAA